CGACAUCAGAGCUGGAGAAAGCAGAGAGGAGAGGAAACACUGCGACGCAAGGAGGGAUCCCAGCAUCUCACUUCGCUGGGUAUUCAGUCCUGAGCUUCUCCCGCUGGGGCAAAUCCCCUGAAUCCCACAUCUAUUUCUAAAGCAGCGCUUCUCCUCUAGUCUCUUUAGCCAUGAAUUACCUGCGCCGGCGUCUGUCGGACAGCACCUUUAUCUCCAACCUGCCUGAUGGCUACAUGUCAGACCUGCAGAAACCUGAUCUUCCUCAGCCUCCCCCUCCUGGACCAGCCUCAGGACCAGCUCCAGUGUCCCCGGGCCAGGAGAGAAACCCCAUCCAACCCCAGCCUCUGGGCACGGGAUUCUUCAGCUCCAUCACCAGUGUGGUGAAGCAGACGGCCGCCUCAGCAGGGCUGGUGGAGCAAACGCCUGUGCCUGCAUCAUCCAAGAGACACAAGCUCCUGCUGGUCAUCGAUGAACCACAACAGGACUGGUGAGAGCAAUGAUUUUCACUUGAGCUCCUCGAUAAGGUUGAUUUUUCUAACCAGGCUGCUGAGUUUGGAGACAUCAGUGUUGUGGCUCAUGCUAAUGGAUCAUGUAACGUGGCUGUGCAGGUUCUGCAGAAUGAAAACACAGUUGUCAGGUCAUUUAAGCCUGACUUUGUCCUGAUCCGACAGCAUGCUUACAGCAUGGCAGAGAAUGAGGAUUUCCGUAACUUAAUCAUCGGACUGCAGUACGCCGGCAUUCCCAGCAUCAACUCCCUGGAGUCCAUUUACAACCUCUGUGACAAACCCUGGGCAUUUGCAUGUCUGAUCAGCACAUGCAAGAAACUUGGACAGGAGAAAUUCCCAAUAAUUGAACAGACGUUCUAUCCCAACUAUAAAGAAAUGGUGGCCAUGCCGGCAUUCCCUGUUGUCGUGAAAAUCGGUCACGCUCACUCUGGUGUGGGGAAGGUGAAAGUGGAGAACCACACAAAGUUUCAGGACAUAGCGAGUGUGGUGGCCAUCACUCAGACCUACAGCACAUGUGAACCAUUCAUCGAAGCCAAAUACGACAUCAGGAUUCAGAAAAUAGGAAAUGAUUACAAAGCUUACGUGAGGACGUCAGUCUCAGGUAACUGGAAGUCCAACACUGGCACUGCCAUGGUGGAGCAGGUGGCUAUGACCGACAGGUAUAAGCUUUGGGUUGACACCUGCAGUGAAAUAUUUGGAGGCCUCGAAAUUUGUGCUGUCAAAGCUAUUCAUGGAAAAGAUGGAAAAGAUUACAUUACUGAGGUAAUGGGCUCGUCUAUGCCAUUGGUGGGGGGACAUCAGGCCGAGGACCAGCAGCUGAUAGCAGACAUGAUCAUUACCAAAAUGAAUCAUGUUAUGGCACAAAAUACCAAAAGACCAACUGCUAUUCAACCAAGAAAGAAUGCUCUUGAUAAGGAUGCGGUGGUUGAAGUAAAGCACGGCCCAUCACAGAAAGCUCCUCCACAAGGCUGUUUGCAGUACAUUCUUGACUGCAAUGGUGUUGCAGUGGGACCAAAAUUAGUGCAGGCAAACUAACAUAACCGUGAAAGCUCGAAGCAUUUAAGCUCCCGACAGGUUGUGUUCAAACAUUCAGACAGUGACCUGAGGUGCAAGGGAACAAAUAAUCUGUAAGAAAAGUCUUAGUUUGGGCCUGAUCCGUAUUUCAGUCUGUACUGUGUAACUUUCACUGUUCUGCGCUUGUGAUGGUUGCUUUGUUUCUAUGUGAAGCGAUUGUCUCUUCAGGGUUGUUGUGUGUGGUGAUACAGCAGAUUGUGCCUAGUGUUCAGUGCCACUCUUUCCUUGUACUUAUUUUUUUUCUUGUCUCAUGUCUUGUGUUAUGUUUUAGUAAAUGGUGUUCAAAGAGUUACAGUGUGUGAGUGAGUGUGUGUGUACCUUGUAUUCACUAGUAUAAUAAUACCAGUAAA